AUGUCUCGCAAUAUUUCUUUCAAAUUGAGCAACGGUGUCACCAUUCCGGGGUUGGGUUUCGGUACCUUUUCCAACGAAGGAUCAAAGGGGGAAGCAUACAAAGCAGUUCUGCAUGCACUUCGGACCGGGUACAGGCAUCUGGACUGUGCCUGGUUCUAUUUGAAUGAGGAUGAGAUUGGACAAGCCAUCCAGGAUUUCCUCAAGGAAAACACGAGCGUGAAGCGAUCCGAUUUGUUUAUCACCACCAAGGUCUGGAAUCAUUUGCAUGAAAAAGACGAGGUGGUAUGGUCUUUAGAGAACUCGUUGAAGAAUCUCCAACUGGACUAUGUCGACCUUUUCCUGAUUCACUGGCCAAUCGCCUGUGAAAAGGAUGACAAGCAUAUGCCAAAGAUCGGCCCCGACGGCAAGGUAUGA